CAAAGUCCAAACUAGUUGUGUUGCCCUGUGGAACUGCGAUUUGCGAAGGCCGGCACUGGAAGAGUCAAAGAAGAGAUAGGGUUUCACAGUUUCAGAGAGGUGUUCAGUCUCGGCUCUCCAUUACCUAAUCGCUAUUCCUGGCUCAUGGAGGCGAAUAUUCUUGAAGGGUUGAGCGAACAAUGAGUUCUAAUAUGCGACGAAUAGGAGAGGCAGCCGGCUGGUACGAAUAGGGUUGAGCUAACAAAAAUUAGGCCUGCUCAGUUCCAUCUGUUUGUUCUUCUACAAAACCACCCCUUUGAUACGAAAAGGCCGGCGGUAACAUAAAGUAUCAAGAAAGCAUCAAGUUUCACCUCCACAGGCUUAACUGGCACAUAACUUACUCUGCCAGAAGGGAUAACCUGAAGUAAGAAUGGAAUCCCAAUCAUCUCAUUCUCUUCCAACUCCAUCCGAAUCACCAGAAAUGAUCGACUCUGAAACGCGAGAAGCUGCUACUAGCCGCAAACGAGCAAGGAACAAGUCAGCAGCACUUAAGCCUCCUGUUUCUGAACCUCGAAGCAUCUUUUGGAAUCAUUGUGUAAAAGGGUCAAGGACCUUGCUGGAUGGCACCAUCCAACCAAUUGGAACUUGCAAGUAUUGUCAAACACAGAUCCCAGCGAGUCAUGGAAGCACUAGCGGCUUGAAAAACCACUUAGAGAAGAGGUGCAAAUUAAGUCCCCUAUACAAAGCAAGUGAAAAUGACAAGAAUCAGCCUGUAUUGACAAAUGUGACAAUGGGGCAGGUUAGUGAAUUAGUUUCUCAUACUUUCAAUCAAAAAAGGUGUGAGUUAAAGCUUACUGAAUAUGUUAUUAUCGAUGAGAUGUCAUUCCGAGCUGUUGAAGGGAAGGGCUUUGUAAGUCUUGUGCAUGAAUUGCAACCAAGAUUCAGAAUCCCAGAUCGUAAGAAGGUGGCAGCAAUUGACUACUUGAAAAAGAGAAUGAAAAUUGAAAAUACAUUGUUGUUUGAAGGAACCUACUUUCAGUUUGAGGUUUGUCUAAGAGAGUGGGGGAUAGAAAAAGAUAUUUUUGCAAUACCAAGUUCAACGGUUGCAAGUGAAUCUGCUUUCAGUUUAGGCAAAAGGGUUGUCGAUCCAUUUAGAAGCAGUUUAAGUCCUAAAAUGGUUGAAGCUUUGGUUUGUACGAAUGAUUGGUUAAGAGCAGAGGAUUUCAGCUUUUAUAAGGAUCCAACUGAUGAUGACCUUGCCUUGUAUAAAGAGAUUGAAGAAAUUGAAAAGAAUGCAAAUGCGACUCAGGAACAUUCUCAGACCUCUUCUCAGGCAUAGGCAUGUUCCAGUUUUCAGCUGGCAGUAUGAUUACCAAUGGAGCUCAAGGAAUUCAAACGAUAGCCCACAAGUGCAGUGAUCAUGUGGAUUUCACAUUUCAGGCUCCAUCUUUAUUGCUUUAAUGAAUUCUAUGCUAAAUAUGUAUUUGAAGUUCAAAUUGUAAACUGAUAUUUUGUUGGAAUUACUCUGCUUUGACAUUUUAAAGGGAUGCCUUGAAGCCUUUAUUCUUGAAUAGCCAUUGACUACUCUUAACUGAUUCUGUGUGGCAUCAAUAUCUAUAAGUGAUGUUUUUUUAAGUGGACAGUUA